AUGGAGGAAGACAACCUGCGUGACUUAAUGAACCGGCUGCGGUUCGCCACAGGGAAAGCCGCUGAAGCUCCUCUACCGGAGGCGGCGUCUGCGAGCAUCGGUGACCAGUGUCUUUUGGUUCUUCAACAGUCUUUGCGUCGUCACCCCGCCUUGGUGGAUGCACACAAAUCGCGAGAUGAACUCAAGAGAGGAAUCAUGGAGCAGCUGAAGCGUUCUAUACAGGCUGAUGUUGCCCCAUCAAACGAUGUGAGCCGAUUACAGGGUUGGAUCAACGAAGUGUCAGAUGCUCUUGAAAUUGAGCGAUUAUCAGCAGUCUACCGUGAACCGGAGCAGGUACAUAAUGAGGCUCAACAGCGUAUCCUUGAGGAGCUUGGAUUUGAAACCCUUCCGCAAUUUUCACAGUUCAGUGUAGACGAUUUAUCUCCAUGGAACUUACUGCUGACCCUCGUUUCGGGACCCCUCUUGUCAGUAGAUGAAGUAAGGCACAGACGGAUGGAAAUGCAUAUUCCAAAUCCUACUCCGGCAAUGGUAUCUGAUCUUGUGGAGAUAAACAAUAAUGUCUACUGUACAACAUCAUGGUUAUCAUUGUUAAACAGUCUUGGGGAGUUUCCAAUCAAGACUGUUCGGCACGUUUGGCUUGCUGCCGUUUACUUUUUUCCAACGAGUGGCCCUGUUGUUGCGGCGUAUCUGCGUAGGGAAAUCGAUGAACUGGCGAAACGACGGUGCCUCUGGGAUGAACAGGAUGAGGAUGAUGCCAAGGAAACAUAUCGUUCCUACUGCCGAGUGUUGAAUUGCUUCUUCCGUCAUCUACCACUCUGUUUCAGUGUAGAUCUAUUUAACCUGUUCUUUGACUUUUUGGAGUGUUACAUAAAACCAGACGACUCGGCAUUAGAUAAUGUCUUUAGAACAGCAUUACAACGAGACAUUGGGCACUGCCCUGCGAGUACGGACAUUUGGAAGCAAUACAUUCGUUGGAAAGGCGAUCGAAUCCACGAUAUGCAGCGAAGACGGGAAUGGGUACGAAAAAUGUACGUUAGGGUGCUUCGGACACCAUUGAAUAAUCUACAAGAUGUCAAGGAGGACUAUGAUUACUUUUUGCGCGCUGAAUACAGAGGAAGGCCUCCAUCUGAGGGUCGCCUAGAGGAGCGCUUUGUUCGAGCGAAGGGUGCUGCAUCGGAGAUCAAUCGUUUUUUGAUGACCCUUCAGGGGGGUUGGACUGGUGGCAUGCAGAAUGGAGAUGUAUUUCCAAAGUCACUUUAUCUCCCACGCCCAGUCAAACUGCGGCUGGACAACAGAAAUAAUAUGGUGGACGAUAAAGAGGAAAACAUGCAAAGGUUGGAGGUCGAGCUUUGGUCACUUUGGACUUCGUUGAUUGACCGUGAAACAGUCUCUUCGGCAUAUGCAGGAAUUGAGCUCUUUGGGUAUGAACGGCUGAGGUUUUUUCUCGCGAUGCGAAGUAGUUCUUUUCCUCACCAAGCAUUUUGCUGGAUUAGUUACACCGACUACUGUCUUGGUCAGCAACCCCUUCUCUCUGAAGGAGAGCGUCAGCUAAUGGCAAGGGGGGUUCUUGAAAAGGCUUCCUUUCUAUUACCAAGAAACUUUUACAUGCAGGUGGCGUACUGUGAUUACAUGUUGCGUGAAGUUGCAGAUUCUGAAUGUGCCCACAGAACCAUAAAGGGACUACUAACGCAGCAGCGUCAACUCGUUGUGGAUUACAUCAAAAAGCAGCCUCUUGUUAGCCUUGACAAGGCGCUAACUGCAUUGGAGAACAUUACUCUGCUCUCUGUAAACUGGAUGCGGUGGGGUAGCCUUGAUAAGACAGUGACAAACACACAAUAUGUUCGUCUUGUGGCGCGUUUUACGAUGCAUCGGGUGGAUUUUCUCUCCUUGAUAAUGGGUGUUGUGCGCCGCGCUUCUCGUGAAGACAGGAAAUUCACACCUCACCGAUGCCAGCACGCAUUUAAUACGUUUUGUCAUUUUUGGAUUAAACUGGAGCUCAUCCGCAAUCAAUCCAAGGAAGAGGCAGUUAUUAUACUUCAGCGAUGGAAGGAUCAUUUGAAGAUGUUUUUGAGCUCCGCUAAAGACCGAGGAUGGAGUUUAGUUGACUGUGGUGUUGAUGAGUAUUUCAUAUCCAGUUGUUCGGACAUUUGCCAUAGCCACCCCCAAGCUGUGGGAAGGGCUUUGGGCUUUAUGGAAGAGGUGCGACUCACUGCUGUAGAAUCUUGCUCAUUUUGUUUGACAGAAUUGGAAGCAUUGGUGGAAACUACGAGACGUCUUCGUGACACAUUCUUUGUUCUGGACAGCGACGCCAAUAGUCUCUCGUCUUCCAAGUUGCCCCUUCAUCUCUUCAGCAUGAGACUGAGGGGUGCCACUGUGCCAUUGCAAACCUAUGACCAUCACUUGUUUUCAGCCGAGUGUGCAUGGCACGAAGGCGAGAUGCCUCUGCUGCAGGUGGAAAAGCCCUCUGAGGAAGGCUGCUUCAACGGCACCGCCUCCCAGGGCCCUCUGGAGGCAAUGCCAGAUGAUGCGCGUUGGGCGCCUCAUAUUCAAAAGCGAGCCUUCCCCGCAACAGAGGGCGCACCGAAUGGGUCAAGAAUGAACACAGGCCAUGAAGUAAAGUGGAAAAAAAUCAGACGGCCACCAAAUCGACGUGUGCUGGUUACUAAGGGUGCACUCAUGAAGGAUCUGUCAUUUGCAGUCCACGCUGUAGAAAGCGGCAUGGCUGGUGCCGGGCCGGCUCUGCGCAGAGUUGAAGAAAUGCUAACCGUGCAGAUGCCCUCAGUCUACGAGACUGACAUUUUGUUUCUCGAUAAAACGGUCAACACGGGAUGGCUGCUGGAGUUUCUUGAACGGAUGCCUGCGCUACAAUAA